AAGUUCGUACGUAUAUAACCGUUAUCGGCGAUCGUCAAACGUAUCAGUCGUGUUCGAUCGAGCUUCACAUUACACACAGGAGACUUAGAAAUAAUCAAAAAUGGCAUACAAGAUGUUCUCCACCGGUCUAGUGYUAGCAUUCGCUGGUAUGUGUUUGUGUCAACAACAACAAACUUCCAACUCACCAUCUCAAUAUCAGUCUGCCGCAGCGUCUCAAACGUCGUUCCAGACCGGCUCGGCCGCCCAACAGCCACAAACCAAACUGGAAGACAUCGAACGUGACACGCUGGCAGCUGCUUUUGGACAGAAAACUCAACAGCCGUCCAACAAACCAUCGUCAGUCCCUCAACAGCAACAACAACAACAACUACCGCAGUCUUACCAAACAGUGCCGCAACAACAAUACUACGUGCAGCCUUAUCAGGGACUACAACAACAGUUCUUCGUGCAACCGUACCAAACUCAACAACAGUACUUGGCCCAACCUUACCAGAUGGCUUUCGACUACAACGGGGUACAAUACUCCAUCGUCAGCCCCAACUCUUUCCCUAGUAACCAGUUUUACCAACAAUACUACGUACCAGCUGCCCAACCGUCGGCUGUUCCUCAAUACGUGACCAAACAAUCUUCCCCGGCGUCCGCUCCUGCACAAGCUCAACAGGAAUACAAACAACAACAAUUUUCCGCCCCCGCACAAUCUCAACAAGUAUACAAACCACAACAAUUCGACACUCCCACUCAAGUUCAACAAGAAUACAAACAACAAUUCGCCGCUUCUACUCAAGCCCCUGCACAAGAGUACAAGCAACAACARUUCAACACCUUAGCUCAAGCUCAACAAGAAUACAAACAACAACAACAACAAUACGUAGUGCCGUCUCCUGCAUACCAAUACGUCCAACAAUCAGCCGUUCCUACCUCCAACGGUCCCGCUGAUUACUCGUACGUUACUCGUCACCCGGCUAUCACCACCGCCCAGUUCAAAGCCCCGACAGCUACCGCCGCCGUCCAACCCCAAUUCCAGUACAACACAUUACAGCAACAGUACCAACCACAACAACCCCAAUAUUACUACACAGUGGCCGCCACCGAACAGCCACGCGUCCAACAGUCAGCCAAGAGCCAAUUUUCGUCUGGAGUGAAAUCCACUACGCCCACRCCAUUGGUAAAGGAGUUCGCAUACAAGUUUGAAUCCUCACCACCACAACAACAACAACAACAACAACCCGGCGCGGCUUACAGUACAAUCAGAUACUCCGCUUAGACGUCUCAAGUGCAUCUCCAAUGGGGGGCCGUGKCAGGUGCAUCGUUAUAAUAUUAUUGUGCAUAGUACCAUCGAUUGUAUAUAACGCACACUACGCGUAAUUAAUUGUACAAUUAUUUGAUAUCACUAUUACUAUUAUUAUUAUUAUUAUUAUUAUUAUUGUUAUUACAGUCGUUAAGUAUUACUAGUGCGUUGCAGCACAGCUGAUAUUAUAGGAUAUUUAUUUCUUAGGAGACUUCCACACACUUCAGCAUGCCGAUACUAACUUAAUGCUGCAGUAUGUAGUGACGCAUAUAUGUCCCAAAAAAUUUAAAAAUUUAAUUAUUUGUAUUAUUGCUAUCAUUAUGUUGGUUAAAAAUAAAUGUGAAAACACUUUUAAUUUUUAGACCAUUAAAAAUACUUGUUUUUAAUAAACCAUCAUGUCCAAUCCACAUAAUGAUUCUAGAAAGCGUUUAAUCACAUCAGAUAGUUCGCAGCAACUCGUAUACUAUAAAUCGUUCAUGUAUGACAUGUUCGARGUAAAAUCGCAUUAUAAAUAUUUUAUUCAGCCAACAAUUU